AUGAAGGUGAGCUGUCUGGCCACGGGCUUCUACCCCCGACACAUCAACCUGACCAUGCUGAGAGACGGGCAUCCCAUCCCAGAGGAGGAGCUGAUUCUGGGGGAGGUGUUACCCAAUGGAGACGGGACCUACCAGACAAGGAGGACCCUGAGGUCACACUCUAUCUGGGCAUUUGCAACAUUCAUACACGGACAGACCCAAUUCCCAGAAUUCAGUGUAGUGGUUAUGCUGGAUGAUUUUCAGGUGCUAUACUAUGACCGCAACAUAAAGAAACUGAUCUCUCAAAGCCAACCAAUCUCAACAAAUGUUGUUGAAGAUGUCAUCAUUGGAGGUGCAAACAUUGUGACAGAAGACAUGUAUAAUUACAUGGGAAGUCCAGCACAUCAUGUAAACCUCCUCUCCAAUCACACUGAAGGAGUUCAUGUUCAUCAGAAGCUGGUUGGAUGUGUGCUGGACAAUGACAAGUGGAGUCCGGUCAUGAUGUGGGAAGCUUAUGAUACAGUGAUACAUUUUGACAUGCAUAAUCGCACAGUCAACCCUUUAUGGCCACAGCUUCUGUGGACCGUAAAGAGAACAAUGACACAUCUAAUGGAUUUUACAAAUGUUUAUCAGCCUAUUUGUUUCCAAACACUGAAGUACUAUCUGGAGAAAGUAAAGAAUGUUGUGCUUAGAAAAGAGCACCCCAGAGUCAGGCUGAUCCACAAGCCAUGCACUGAGACUGGAGAAAUGAAGGUGAGCUGUCUGGCCACGGGCUUCUACCCCUGACACAUCAACCUGACCUUGCUGAGAGACGGGCAUCCCAUCCCAGAUGAGGAGCUGAUUCUGGGGGAGGUGUUACCCAAUGGAGACGGGACCUACCAGACAAGGAGGACCCUGAGUAUCCGUUCAGAGGAACUGAGAGAGAGACAUCAUUACACCUGCUCUGUCACACACCUUACUCUGGACAACAAGCUGGACAUAAACUGGGCGAUGGCCUGA